UCCCCAGGCUGCUUCAGAGUGGAGGGUAUAAGAAGCAGUGCGUGUAUCAGCAAAUGUCCCUUUUAACGUUAUUUCACUCCGUGCACUCAAUUUCGCAUGUUUAAAAAACCCCCAUUUCCCCAGUGCCAGAACAGCUGUCCGACUCGCACUUCAUUCAUAGGAGUCCUGCUGGUGGGAUAAUAAGAAAAACGCUUGCUAGGGAUUAAAGAGGGUCAUCCAGCCACAGUAAGUCCUGUGUGGUCAGAGCCAUUUAAGGAGUCAUCCUGUGGAUUGCAUCCAGUCUUCCACUUUGAAGCGGAGAGGCUGCCUGCCAGUCUUUACUCUGCAGCGUCCACACCAAGGACUGGUCGUUUCAUUCCUCUAACGAAACUUGGUGAGACAUGUGGAGGCCGUUUUAGGCCUUUUGUAAGACAUAGCAUUGAUCUUGAGCCUCUGAUCCUCUCUUCAGCCAUGCAUCUGGAGGUAAAGGUUGCAUUGAACUUCAUAGUGUCCUACUUGUACAACAAGCUCCCACGACGACGGGCAGACCUGUUUGGAGAGGAGCUGGAGCGCAUCCUGGUGUCACGUUUUGAAGGGCACUGGUACCCUGAGGCACCUCUGCGUGGUUCAGCUUUCCGUUGCCUGCACCUAGGAGCCCCUAGGGACCCUAUAGUGGAUCUGGCAGCCAGAAGGAGUGGGUUGGACACGGAGGAAGUCCGUGCCAACGUCCCUCCGGAGCUCAGCAUCUGGAUUGACCCUUAUGAAGUGUCCUAUCAGAUUGGAGAGAAAGGUGCUGUGAAGGUGCUCUACAUGGAGGAUCCUCCAGGGUUAGGGGGUGAGGGUGAAACAUCAGAAGGCAUUGGAGCCAUGGCCAAAGGAGAUCUGGAGCUGGAGGAGGGGAAGAGUUUGGGCUUCAACCCUGAUGCUCAGGUGUUUGUGCCCAUUGGUGGCCAGGUGUCUCCAGUCAUGCUGCCUUCUCUCUCUAGUUCACCCACUCCACUCUGCCAGGGUCUGUUCAGCUAUGCAGGCCCAAGUACACCAACCAAUCCUAAUGCACACUCCAACGCUUCCUCCCCUUCUCCACCCAGCACAGGGCUGCCAUACCCUCAUCCAGCUGCCGCACCCAGCUCCCGCCCAGCUCCCCAGCAAAUCACCUUCACCACGGCCAGCUUUGCUGCCACUAAGUUUGGUUCCACCAAGAUGAAAAAGUGUGGGGGGUCUGGGGUGGUGGGUGGACCUGGCGGUGUCGUUGGCGUUCCUCAGCAAAGAAUGCUGAGCCACUCUCCCACUACCAUAUCUCCCCCAGGGCUGGUGAAGCACAAGCCCAUUUCCGUCUCAAUGCACUCCCUGGCUGGCCAGGUUUCAAGCCAGCUUUCCCCGAAUGCCAAAGAGUUUGUCUACCCCACUGCCCAGGGGUCCCUCUACUUUGACACUGAAGCUCCACCCUUGACCCACACUGGCCCUUUCCAAGCACCACCCCCACAUCCUGCCCACCCCCAUGCAUCGUUUGACCCAUUCUCCAGCCCACCUCCAGGCCAAGCUGUGGGCGUCAUCGGCGGCAGCAGUGGGAUUUCCUUCAUGGAGAAGCCUCCAUUCGUGGAGGGCCUUGGUGGGUACAACCUGCAGUAUUCCAGCCAAGCCUUCCAGCCUGUAGUGUUGGCCAACUGAGUUGAAGCUGUGGAGUGUUAGAUACUAAUACGGAAACACUUUUGAGAACUGUCUUUUUCACCAGUUGUUACUAAUACAAAACAUGUAAGUGUUAUGACUACUAAGACCACAAUUACCAGUGAUUUUUCUUCCCCCCCCCCCUUUCAUUGUUUUCAAGGCUAUUUCUUUUUUCCUUGUGGAACUUUCUCCUAAGCCUGGGGAGUAACCAGCCUCCUACUGCACAGAUGUUUUGAUGUUUUGCAUUGAAUGUUAUGAGGAAAAGGUCAUUUUAGUCAGGUGUUCUUCACCCACGUAUAGUUCUCUCUGGCUUGGCAGAGCAGUGUGGGCCCACUCUAGCAUAGCCCCAUGCAAAGAUUUGGCUCUAGAAUGACACAUACUGUUCAUUGUUCUGGUUUGGUUGAAGGGUUUUGGAAACCAAAGGCUAGGAUCUUGCUAUGUGGUCUAGUAAUGCCAUGUCACAGUUGGAGUUUUUUGUUUUGUUUAUUUUUUUUAUUCUUUUUUUUUGUGCCAACACAAGUGUCUUACAAUCCUCCUACCCCUGUCACUCCAAUCCCUGUGGCUUAUGUGUAUUGGUCAGGGCUGUGAAUGCACACAUUACACCUACGAUGUCUGAAUUUAGUGGAGUUUUCUCGUGGGACUGUAUGCUUUAUAAGCUAAAUAUCGUUGUAGAGGAGUCAAAUGGUGGUAAUGCUUUAAAGACUGUGAAGCUGUUCAGGAAGACUGUGUUUUCAUAUUCCGAAAGCCAUAAACGUGGUUUGAAGCAGGAGGAAGGCAAUGAUGUUGACUGUUAAUCGGGCUAAUCUUUGUCUCUUGCACUCGUGCGUGCACAGUGUUGGUCAGCAGUGCAUGAAGGUGAGAGGGCGGUACUGGGGUGGAUGGAAUGCAGUAUAGCAGAAGGGUUUGUGAUAAAUGGCUUAACGUGGCUUUGGGGAGGAGAAGGAGGGAGGACAAAAGGGAUGUGUGCAUGUUUUGUGAGAGAAUAUGGGCAGCUAUAACCUUGGCAUUAUCGAACUGGCAGUAGCUCAAAUGGGCGUUGCAAAAUGUGACAUCAGCUGGGCUUGUCAUCCUGUUUUUUACAGUUCCAUUUGCAGCUGCUCGUCAGCCAUAAUAUGGAAUUGGAAGUAAACAUUGGCUUGCAACAGGGACUAUGAAUGUGAAUGUAAUUUAUCAUUGUAAGUGGAUAGUUAUCUGUUGCAUUUGAAUAAGCAGAACAGAACAGCCAUAUUCUAGUCAUGAAGCAGGGCCAAGCAUGCUACAGUUUUCCAGGAAACUUUUCAACAAUCCCAAACAUUCCUUUGGAUCCCAGGCAGUAUUCUGUUAGUCUGUUUUAUUAUGACCCCUCAUUCAUUCAGCACUUUACCUGUUGAGAUUCUCAAUCAGAAAGGGCCAUUUCUGUCCCAUCUGAUCUUUUAAUAGCCAGCAUUACCAUGCGCAGUAAUUUGAUAAACAAAUCAGAAGAUUGGGAGUGAAAACUGCCACACCCAAACUGAAUGUCACGUACUGUCUCUAAAUCUGUAACUACAAACCCCACAGCAGAAAUGCUUGGACCCCUUUACAUUGCAGCGUGAAAGUCGAUUUCAUUUCAUUUAGUGAUCUGAUUAUGUUUCGUUUAGGGUGGGGUCACAAUUUCUGUCGUCAUUCUGACCGGGGUGAAACUGGGUGUAUUUUUACAUUUGUUUGUAAUUUAUUUAGAUUUUUCUAUAUUUUUUCCCUGUUUUUUCAAGAGUUCUCUAUGGCAUUUGUAAAAGAAGAUAUACUAUGACAUGUAUAUAUUUCUUAUGUUAAGAUAUCCUUUAUUUAGUUUCUUAUGUGCUGAGGUUAUUUUUUCAGAAAUAACUAUAAAUGAAUAUAUAUGCAAGUUGAAACAAAUAAAAUGUGUUUAACAAAGUAUUGAAUGUGUAUUUUACCUUGUACAGACAUUGUUGACUGAAGACGGGUAAAUGUGGGGGAGUUCAUGAUUUUUCAUUUGAGCAUCCUUUGAGCAGGAUUUGAAUGUUGACAGUUGGCUGGAUUAAGAGGGAGUUUAUGACCACUUGUCUGUGCACCCUGAGGGCCGUCUGAAUUCUUGAACAGCCUGAAUAUGCUUAACAUUAAAGCAAUCUUAAUAAUCAUCUACUUUAGUGAUCAGAAUU